UUCGCACCUGUUUUGGGCUUCUGUAUUAAUUACUCUCUCCCAGCGUUCAUCAUUACAUUCACACCCACCGUCAACUUCUCGGGGACAUCUCUACUCUAUUUCUUGUUACUAUGAUAUUGUAAUUCAAAUUGCUUUUGAAAAAAGAACCUAAAAUUUAAGAAAAUCUCAGUCACCACGAUUGCGUGUAUAGCUGCGUAUUCGUAUACUGUAUAGCAUCUAGUAGAAAUGGCGGGGGGAUACAGGGCGGAGGACGACUACGAUUACCUCUUCAAGUUGGUGCUGAUCGGGGACUCGGGUGUUGGAAAAUCUAAUCUGCUUUCGAGAUUCGCUCGGAAUGAGUUCAGCUUAGAGUCAAAGUCUACUAUAGGCGUGGAAUUUGCCACGCGGAGUAUUCGCGUCGAUGAUAAGAUCGUCAAGGCUCAGAUUUGGGAUACCGCUGGCCAAGAGCGAUACCGUGCAAUCACGAGUGCCUACUAUAGAGGGGCUGUUGGAGCAUUGCUUGUUUAUGAUGUUACACGACAUGUCACAUUCGAGAAUGUUGAAAGAUGGCUGAAAGAGCUCCGAGAUCAUACAGACCAGAAUAUUGUCAUUAUGCUUGUGGGCAACAAGGCAGAUUUGCGUCACCUUCGUGCUGUUUCCACCGAGGAUGGCCAAGCUUUUGCUGAGAGGGAAAAAACCUAUUUUAUGGAGACAUCUGCCCUUGAGUCCAUGAAUGUCGAGAAUGCUUUCACAGAAGUGCUCACUCAAAUAUACCAUAUUGUUAGUCGUAAAGCGCUUGAUAUUGGAGAUGACCCUGCAGCUUUGCCGAAAGGGCAAACCAUAAAUGUUGGGGGCAAGGAUGAUGUUUCGGCACUGAAAAAGGUUAGUUGCUGCUCUGUAUGAUCCCAGGAUUCAGUGUCAACUGAGGAUUGGUUCGACCUUAAAAUCCAGGAAAACAUUAUAAUGUCAAUGGCUCUUUUCUGGUCUCUCCUUUUGGCGACCUAUGUUGAGUUAGUUUGCCAUCAGUUUUGGAGUUAGAAAUGCUGCUAGCAAAUUAUCUCAUGAAUCUCAGUUUACAUAGCUUUUCUACAUUUGAUUUUUUUCUCGAUUUAUGAAUCUACAAAUCCUUUGUUGUAUUAUGUUGCAUUUAUUGGUGUCAUUUGACAACUUCUGCUUUAGUGCUAUUUAUGAUGCAGUUUGGUUAGAUCUUGCACA